AUGAAGGCCAUACAACCACACUUGUCCAGAUCUGCGAGAUCACUACGACUGUUGCGACCUCCAAAACCAUUCCGAAUCCCACCAUCAAAGGCUGCAUUCUCCAGUUCUGCACCUUUGUCGAGAACAGUAACAGGUUUCAUACAGAGGGACGGGAAUCCAGCAGACAUGGCGCCAAAAGGCCAAAAGUUCGACUUGAAGACGCCCAAGGGCACGAAGGAUUGGCAGGGACCGGAUAUGGUGAUUCGAGACAAGAUCUUCUCUACCAUCACAGAGGUCUUCAAGCGUCACGGCGCAAUUACAAUUGAUACCCCAGUGUUUGAGCUGAAAGACAUCUUGUCUGGGAAGUACGGCGAGGACAGCAAACUCAUAUACGACCUAGCAGACCAAGGAGGUGAGAUCUGCUCCCUGCGCUAUGAUCUCACAGUUCCAUUUGCAAGAUGGCUUGCCAUGAACAGAGAUAUUCAACAAAUCAAGAGAUACCACAUUGCAAAGGUGUACCGACGAGAUCAACCGGCAAUGACGAAGGGGCGCAUGAGAGAGUUCUAUCAGUGCGACAUUGAUAUUGCUGGAGUGUACGAUCCUAUGUUGCCAGAUGCAGAGGUUAUACGAAUCACUACGGAGGUCUUCGCAGGUCUGGGCUGGCAAGGGGAAUAUACAAUUAAGCUGAACCACAGGAAAGUAUUGGAUGGAAUCUUCGAGAUUUGUGGGGUACCGGCAGAUAAGAUACGCACGAUUUCUUCUGCAGUCGACAAAUUGGACAAGUUACCAUGGGCUGAAGUACGCAAGGAAAUGACGGAGGAGAAAGGGUUGGCAGCAGAGGUUGCAGACCAAAUCGGCGAAUACGUGGUAUUGAAAGGCCAAAAAGACCUGCUCGGCAAACUACAAGCAGACGAAAAACUAAUGGCCAAUGCGUCUAUGAAAGCAGGUCUUGCGGAGAUGGAGCUACUUUUCACAUACUUGGAAGCUUUCAAUGCUUUAGAAAAUGUCUCGUUCGACUUGAGCUUAGCACGUGGCCUCGACUACUACACUGGCCUCAUCUACGAAGUCGUUACUGAAGGCUCUGCCCCUCUUGCAAGCGUGUCUGUGGCUACUGCGGCACCGCCAAAGCCUUCAAAGAAACCAUCCAAGGCGGGCGCGGACUUUGACGAAGAUCGCUCUUCAGAUCCAAGUGUUGGAGUUGGCAGCGUUGCAGCUGGUGGUCGUUAUGACAACUUGGUGGGGAUGUUUUCUGGCAAGAACCAAAUCCCUUGUGUUGGUAUCUCUUUUGGUGUUGAUAGGAUUUUCUCCAUCACCAAGGCCAGGAUGGCCAAGGAGAACGCCGAACAAGUGCGGAGUAACGAAACCGAUGUAUUUGUUAUGGCGUUUGGUGGGAAGGGUUUUACCGGUUUAGUGAAAGAGAGACUUUCAAUCUGCUCGAAGCUAUGGGAGGCAGGGAUCAAGGCCGAGUUCCUUUACAAAGUUAAGCCAAAAUUACCAAAUCAGUUCAAUGCUGCCGAAAAGAAUGGCUGCCCAUUAUGCGUUGUCAUUGGCGAGGAAGAAAUGGCUGCCGGUAAGGUCAAGAUCAAGGAGAUGGGUCUUCGAGACGGCCACCCCGAAAAGGAGGGCGUACUCGUCAAUUUGGAUGACUUGGUUGCGGAGGUACGGCAACGAAUCAAGCGAAAGUCGACUCUUGAUCAACUGGCACAGGAGGCAUCAGGCUUGAAGGUUGUGGGUGGUAUUCAUGGCGAGUCCACCAAAGAAAUCAAAGAGGGCACCGCAGAAACAGAGAAACCUGCCGAGGAAUCCGCUCAAUCAGUAGAGGUUAUAGAAGCUGUACCUGCUUCAUGA